AUGACGUCGCGUCUGUUGGUUCCCUCUCACCCCAUGGGGCCACACUUUGCCCUGGUCUGGGGGAAGAACAUGAGGGUGAAUAUUGGCUGGUCACAGGAGGCAGAGCAAGGGAUGUUAUCGGCGGUCCAUAUAUCUCCUCUGGGACAGUUCCAUCUCAGGAUCGACGAUGCCCAGUUUGAAGAUGAGGCAUCCUACGAGUGUCAGGCGGCCCAGUCUGAGAGCAGCACGGCCAUUAUGUCCAGCUCCGCCUGGAUCACCAUGCAGAGUAAGACAGUUCCCCGCCAGGUUCCUCCGUCGCGGCCACACUUUGAGGUGAGCGUGGCUGAGCCCUGGGUGGCGGGACGGAAAUACGCCGUCGUCUGUGUCGCCACUGACGCCAAGCCGGAAGCUGACAUCACACUUUUCAAGGACGGAGUGGAGCUGACAGGUGUGGAGUCUGUCACCACGUCUGGCUCAAAGGAUAAGCUCCUGAACACGCACGCCCAAGUAACGGUCAUCCCUCUGAGCACCGACAACGGCAAGCUGCUGACGUGUCGGGCCAAAAACCCCGCCCUCCUCAGGCCCGUGGAGUCCUCCAUGACCAUGAGUGUGUACUUUCCACCUCAGCCCCCUGUUAUUGUGGGUCUGGAGAAAGAUGAAGUCAGCGCUGGGAGAACCAUCCUGCUGAAGUGUGUGUCUGUCGGCGGAAACCCCCUGGCAACCCUCCACUGGACCAAGAACGGGGAGGUUCUGUCCAAGACAUGGGAAGAAGACAGCGUGGCCCAGAAGUCUACCAGCGAGAUCCGGCUGAGGAUCACCCCCGAGGACAACCAGGGAGACAACGGAGGGAUGAGAACCACCUCCAACGUGACCCACCGGGUCUCCAGAGAGGAGGACGGGCUGACGCUCACCUGUGAAGCUUUCAACAAGGGCACGCGUUUCUCCAAAGUCCACACGUCCAUACUGAGAGUCUACUAUCCCCCUCAGAGAGUUUGGCUCGAAGGUCCUCCUGAAGACGUUCCUCUUCAUUCAGGAACCACAGUUCGUCUGAUCUGCUUCUCCUCUGGAGGAAAUCCUGCCGGAGAUUUAAUCUUCUACAAGAAUGGCCGGGUGGUGGACGCGAUGAAGCAGACAGCCUUCGACAGGGGAGUGACUCGAGAGCUGCUCCUGGUCCUGAGUGCCACUGACAACAUGGCGACAUACCGCUGUGAUGCCACAAAUGAAGCCGAGCAGACCAUCUCGGCUCAAACCAGGCUGAUGGUUUAUUACCCGGCUCUGAGCAUGAGCAUCAGAGCCUCAGAAGAGCAUCCGAAACGGGGCCAGACCAUCACGCUGGAGUGUCUCUCUGGGCCCAGUAAUCCAGCGGCGGAAGUCACCUGGAGCAUGGGCACACAAAGAUCCGCCCGAGUUCAGCCGCGACCAGCCCCGGCGGAUCCAGGUGGUGGAGGACGCCGUGGCCGCCAUCCCGCUCCUGGUCUCGGCCAAUCCACCAGAGGUCUCGUGCGACUGGAGUCACCGGCGGGAGAAGCUGGUCAAAGAGAGGACUCUGCGCGUCUACUGGGCCGAAGACUUCUCGCUGGAGAUUUGGAACGUGACCAGGAAGGACGCAGGGGUUUACACCGUCCAGUGCUCCAACGAAGAGGGCGCCAACCGCACCUCCAUCACCCUGGACGUCCAAUAUGCUCCCAGCGUGGCAGCCGAGAGGAAUCCGGUGUUUGUGGUUCUGGGGGGGACGGCCGACCUGAUCUGUGUGGCCGACGCCAACCCCGUGACGCCGGGCAUGUUCUCCUGGACCUGGCUGUCAAACCCGAGCUUCUCAGAGGAGUCCGGUGGAGGAAGGUGGCCAGCAGAGGAGACCAGACCACCACGGCGGAGGUCGCGUGCCGCGCAGAGGGGGUUCCUCGAGUCGAAUUCUUCUGGCAGAAAAAUGGCGUCCCCAUGGACUUCGUCCACCCGAGGUAUGCGGAGCGGACGCUGAGAGAGGGAUCUUUCUACACCAGCACCGUCCAGGUGGUGAACGUGAGCGCCCUCUUGGACUACGCUGUCUUCACCUGCAUCGCGCGCAACUUCCUGGGCGAGGACAAGCUCGACGUCCAGCUCGUCAGCCCGAGUCACCCAGAUCCUCCCUCCAUGUUCCAGCUGGUCACCUCCACACAUGACUCGGUCACUUUGGAAUGGACGCCUGGCUUUGAUGGCGGUUUGCGUCAGCGCUUCCGUAUCAGGUACGUGUGGGGCCGCUCGCUCAGCUUCCAGUACGUGGACGUCUUCCCCCCCACCGCCAGCAUCUUCUCCGUCACCGGCCUGCACCCCCUCACCACCUACAACUUCUCCCUCAACGCGCUGAACAAGAUGGGGGAGAGCAGCUACGCUGACAGCGAUGCAGUGCUGUCCGUUACGACCAAAGAGAGACCGCAGCUGGAGGAAGCCCCCGUCGACUCGGACUCGGACUCGCACAGUGUGAGCGUCCUGCCGACGUACCUGACCGUGACUUUCACGCUUCUUUUCGGGGUCCUGCUGGCGCUAAAUUCAGUCGGCUGCUACUUCGGAGUCCGCUGGAAGAGGAAUCGAGCAGCAGCCAGAGACAGCAGCGUGUCGGAAGGAAAGAAAGCGGAGGAUGAGAGGUCCAGCCAGUCAACAGCAAACAACUUCAAUAAGUACGAGAGCGGAGAGAAAAUCAACGCCACGGCCCAGCGCACGCUGCUCAUCGACUCGGGAUCGGAAACAGACAGCAAUAUCUACGAGAGCUAUGCUGCGGAGAGUUGCCAUUAUUAUUACCCCACCGUCGAUUACGUGCCCCGGCUCGCGCCACAUCCUGAGGAAGCGGACGGCAGCAGGCUCUCCCAGGACCCCCGUGGCCGGCCGCCCGAGGACGGCUUGUAUCAGGAUGUCCUCCCUUCCUCUCCGCCGCCAUCGGUUGACCUCAGACUGCUGGAUCAGUGGGGACCACCAGCCCGCUACCAGCAGGGUCCUGGUUCUGGGCGGGAGCUGGAGCCUCGGCAGAUUCAGAGAGCUUCAGAUCUUCCCUUUGAACUGCGAGGGGAGUUGGUGUGAGAGUAACAUGAGCGAGUGUGCGUCCUUGAUCACUUUCUUUUGUGAAUGUUUCAGUACUCGCGAAGGAUGUCUCACCGGUUACCUUGAACACAUUCCACGGAGCCGUUUCAAAAGCAUUCCAUUCCUCUCCUCCUCCUCACUCUUUAUCUCAGAAGGCUCCUCGUUGUUCUCCGACUUGAAACCCACCAGUGGGCUUCCAUAAUGAGACUCGCACAGGUCAGGAGCACUUUACAGCUCAAUACCAAGAUGACCACAAACUAGUUGGUUGGUUCUGCCUCUCCUCACAUCCACCAGCCUGCAGCUGGGCGUGGCAUCGGCCCCAGUCCCUUACCCCACAGUCAACGUCUCUCCAGUCUGCUCAAACACAGCUUUUAAGCAGUGAAAGGCUUACAUUCAGUAAUUUUCCCCCUUUGGAGGUUUGGUGUUGUUUUGACCUUUGAAGUUAAUAUGAAAUUGUUUUCUUUUUUAACUCGACUUUUGUUCCCAGACAGCUUCAGCUUCCUUUUGUUUUUAACCUUCAUAUUUUUAGUCAACACCAAGACAUUGUUCAUGAAGGGCUUUAUCAUUUCUGAUAUAUGUUUAUACCACAUGUUAAACUCUAGGCCUGGGGGCCAAAUCUGGCUUGCCAAGUUCUGUUAUGUGGACCUAAAAAGUGUUCAAUCCAAACAAUCAAAUUCAGAAGUAAUUUGAAUCCAAAGCGGAUCACCAACCAACUGUGACCUACAGAGUCAAAGGGGCGAGUCUCACCGAGCAACUAGACGCGGCUCACAGGGAAUUGUGUUUUGAAGCUAACACACAGAGAUGCGGCAUGUUAGCGUUAGCCUUCAAUAAUGACCAACUGACUUGUUUUGGCCCUCGUGUGACUAACACCUCCACUGUACACCUGUACUGUAACCCUCAUGACACCUCCUGGACUCGCGAGGGAUUAUGGGUAUUUCCAUCACCAGUCGGCGCCCGGGCAGACCCAGGAAGAUUAGAGCAUGGAGAGGAAGCUGAGCCUUCUUUGUCAGGGCCCAGUGGACACCAUCUCCGCUCAGCAUGGUAGUGACAGCCAGACAGCUCUUUCACUGAGACGUGCUGAAGACCACGGACUCAGAGUCGCCGCUCCUCUUCUGUGUGGCGGUGAAGUCAGACGUGCCACGCCUCCAUUCCUCUCGGUGGCUGUCGCCUCUGACCCUGUUCCAGUCAUCACUUCCAUCCUGCCGUUUCACAUCCAUCAGCCACAGGGUCGUCCGUCAACAUCGCGGAGGUUUUCGGCCCGGCGCAAUGAUGACGGCGUUCAUUUGACCCAACGUUGCUUUUACCUGCAGAGAACUUUUGAUGGCGUGCCGCCGGCCGACUCGCCAUCGUCGCGUCUGUGCGUGUGAAGGUGAAGCCACAACCAUGGCCGGACUCUAAUCCCAUUUGGGGAGGAUCAGGGAGGGAACGCAUCAGUGAGGGAAGGUAGCGUCGGGUAAUGGGCCAAUGCUAAGCUGCCAUUUUGAUUACAACUCCCCCAAAAAAUGCUCAUCCGUGAGCUGCCGUCAAUGUUGAGGAUUAUCUUCACAGAAACACCCAGAGAGGCAUUUUAUGCUCUGGUUUUUUUUGGAGUUCCAAAAUGCAUCAUGCCUAUUGGUAUACGACGUAAAAAUAGUGAAUCAAGUGGAAGUACAGUUGUUUUUCUGAUGCCAAAAGCAGAUUUAUCUGACUGAAACAGGAAUAAUGUUUGGAAAAUA